GCGCGGGCGCGCGGGCCGGGCCUGCCCCUCCGAGGCGCCGUAGCGCGGGAGGGAGGUGGCGGCGCUGUGGUCUCUCGGUCGGCGGGUCCGUGGGUCUGCCCGGCCGCCCGGCCCCGCCCUGCCCCCCGGGGCGGCUCGGCUCCAUGGCCCGCGGCGGCGGCGGGAGGCGGUCCGGGGGCCGCUGGGGCCGCUGACCGGGGAGGCGGAAGGCGGCGGGGCCGGGCCAUGGGGGACGGAGCCGUUCGCAGCCGCCGGAGCCCGGAAUCCAGCCGGAGCCGGAGCGGCGCCCCCUGCUGAGCCCCGAGAGCCGGAGGGAAGGGAUCCCAUAAACAUCUUGUUCAGAUUUGGGCCACCUGGAUGCUGAGGGCCACUUCGCAGCCUGGUCCCAGAUGGCCUGGCUUGCUUGCCACUGGAACAUGUCCAACCAAACCACUGUCCCCCAUGUUCCCCAGAGGACUAAAUGAAGUCUUGAGUACAAAGUGCUCUUGCAUGGUAUGAGCCAGCGUGAACUAGAGGUCACAUGUCCACGUGCUUGGGAAUCCAUAGGGCCAGCAGCCGGAUGCCCGGGCCCAUUGGGCGGGCCGGUGGCCGCCUGCGGGAUGAGCAGACUGCUCGGGGGUACGCUGGAGCGCGUCUGCAAGGCCGUGCUCUUACUCUGCCUGCUACACUUUCUCGUGGCCGUCAUCCUCUACUUUGACGUCUACGCCCAGCACUUGGCCUUCUUCAGCCGCUUCAGUGCACGAGGCCCCGCCCGUGCCCUCCACCCAGCUGCCAGCAGCAGCACCAACUGCUCUCGGCCCAACGCCACUGCCCCCAGCUCCGGGCUCCCCGAGGCUCCCAGCGCCCGGCCAGGCCCCACGGCUCCUGUCCUGCCACCCUGUCCUGACUCGCCGCCUGGCCUUGUGGGCCGACUGCUGAUUGAGUUCACCUCACCCAUGCCCCUGGAGCGGGUGCAGAGGGAAAACCCAGGCGUGCUCCUGGGCGGCCGCUAUACACCGCCCGACUGCACGCCAGCCCAGACGGUGGCGGUCAUCAUCCCCUUCCGACACCGGGAGCACCACCUACGCUACUGGCUCCACUAUCUGCACCCCAUCCUCAGGCGACAGCGGCUGCGCUAUGGCAUCUAUGUCAUCAACCAGCAUGGUGAGGACACCUUCAACCGGGCCAAGCUGCUCAAUGUGGGUUUCCUAGAGGCGCUGAAGGAGGACGCCACCUACAACUGCUUCAUCUUCAGUGACGUGGACCUGGUGCCCAUGGAUGACCGCAACCUGUACCGCUGUGGCGACCAGCCUCGCCACUUCGCCAUUGCCAUGGACAAGUUCGGCUUUCGGCUGCCCUAUGCCGGCUACUUUGGAGGUGUGUCGGGCCUGAAUAAAUCCCAGUUCCUGAGAAUCAAUGGCUUCCCCAACGAGUACUGGGGUUGGGGUGGUGAGGAUGACGACAUCUUCAACCGGAUCUCCCUGGCUGGGAUGAAGAUCUCGCGCCCAGACAUCCGCAUAGGCCGCUACCGCAUGAUCAAGCACGACCGGGACAAGCAUAAUGAGCCCAACCCUCAAAGGUUUACCAAGAUUCAAAACACGAAGCUGACCAUGAAGCGGGACGGCAUCGGGUCAGUGCGGUACCAGGUCUUGGAAGUGUCUCGGCAACCACUCUUCACUAAUAUCACAGUGGACAUUGGGCGGCCCCCGUCAUGGCCCCCUCGGGGCUGACACCAAUGGACAAAGGCUACCAGUGCCAAGGAUUGCCUGCCAGAGGACUGACCUACAGCCUGGCUGGUGGCUGCUCUGUGACAGAUCCCCCAGGACAGAGACUGUGGGCUCUGUUUUCUGAGGGUCUUCAGUAGGCCCCCCAGCUGCACCUGGAAGUUUCAGAACCUACUUCGGGGAGCUUCUGUCCUGGGCAGGCCCCUCAAGUGUGGCCCUCUAUGGGGUCAACCCUUCUUCCUGCUCCUCCCUCCCCAGUUCAGCCCCCCUCACUGUCAGGGUUGGGCCAGCCCCUGCACUGCCUCGCCGAGUGGCCUGGGCCAGGUCACUCCACCUCUCUGUGCCUCAGUUUCCCCCCCUUGAGUCCCCUAGGGCCUGGAAGAGUGGGAGGUAUGACUAGGGGGCAAUGUCGCUUCCAGGGGGAAUUCCCAGACCUGGGGAUCCCCCAUGCUCCCAGGGGAGGGGAAACCUUUUUCACUCAACAUUGUAGGGGGCAAACUCCGGUGCACCCCCUGCUGAGGAGCAGCGCCAGGAGGGGACCAGAGGGGGUGCUGUGUCGCUGCCUGGGAUCUUGGGGUUGGGCUUUGCAUGGGGGCGGUUGGGGCUCGGAUCAGUUGGGUUCCUGCCCCGCCCCCCUCAGAGAGAAGGCAGUAGCCCCAGGGCCGGCUCGUGUUUGUACAUUGCACAGAAACUUGUGUGGGUGCUUUAGUAAAAAACGUGAAUGGAGGA